CGAUUCAAUAGAAUUCAACGCGAGAAUGUCGGAUUCAGCGACACCUGGAUUUACGAUCGCGCCGUUCGCCAUCCAGCUCAAUCUGUCUGCUGCUGGCGCUGCGGGUGCUGGAUCUGCUACUACUGGAGCUGGAGCUGGAGCUGGUGCUGGUGCUGGCGGGAAUGGAGCAGCAUCCUUCCACCGAAGAGCCGCCGAUGAUUCAGACGGCGAUCCACGCAAGCGCGUUCGCCUGGACGACCAUGCUGGUAGUGCUGGUACAAAUGGCAGCAGUAGUAGCGGUAGUCGAAGUGUGGCCGCUGCCUUCCACGAGGACGAUGCGCACGGCCCGAGCAGCGACGGCGCGAUUACGACGCGCUUCUUGAGCGCGAUUCAAGUCAAGUCUGCCGCCGAGGAGGCCGCAGAAGCAGCCGCAGCAGCAUUGAAGGCAUCCCACAUCGUCAUCCCGCUCAUCAAGAACAACCGGUGGGGCGUUGCACUCGAGUCCCAGCCUGGCACCAACGAGGACGCUGCUUCAAGUACCACUGGUACCACCGGUGCUGCCACUGCAAUGGAUGUCUCCACAUCCAACGGCGAAAUGCAAGCAUCAUCAAGAGGUACACCAACAAACGCAGCUGCGGGUGCGAAUGGGACGUUGACCGCGGAGGAGGAAGCGGCCGCGCUCGCCCAAACCGCCUUGAGCGAGCUUUUGCAAGACAGCGCUGCCAUCACAGCAGGCAAUGUCGAGCAAAAGACCAUCCCAUUGAUGAUGCAGAAUCGCAUUCCUGGGGCAGAAAACCUCUCGAGCGAGGCGGACGUGUUUCGACUCGACGUUUCGCUGCGGCCAGACGACAUUAACUACAAUGCCGUGCCUGUGGAGGCUUUCGGCAUGGCCAUGCUGCGUGGCAUGGGUGUUUCUGACAAGGACAUGAUCUCUGCGCGGAACCAGCUAAAGGACGCCGUGCCACGCGCCAAUCGGCUCGGCCUCGGUGCCAAACCCAAAUCAGAAGCGCUCGCUAACAACGAGCCGCCACCUACAUCGGCAAAAUCUGCCGCCAAGCAACAACAAGCACAGCAGGCCAAAAACGCAGCAGCAGCAGCAGCAGCAAGCAGCACAGCACCAGCCGUCCCAGCUCCGCCAAAAAAACAAGUCGUCUUCUUGCCUGGCUUGACCAAGCGUGACGGCUCUGCACCCCCGCGUUCUGAUUCCGCAACCGACGCCAACCUGGCCGAAGCCGUACGCCCGAUUGAGACGGUGUCCAUCCCUGCUGCAGCAUCAAGCCGUCCGGCUGCGAUGCCUCCUGCUCGACCUCCGCUUCCUUUCGCCCCCUUUGCUUUUAAAACGUCGUGGCUGGCAGAAAACCUUCGCGUGCGUGUUGUGAGCAGAAGCUACAAGGAUGGCAAGUACGACGGAGUGAAGGUUGUCUUGACUGAAAUCGACCGAGAACGUCUCGACCGCUUUAUCUGCAAAACCGAGGACGACCGCACGCUGACCGACUUGCGGGAGCGCGACCUAGAAUCUGUCGUUCCGCGCGAGAUUGGUGCCAAAGUACUGAUUCUUAGCGGCACCGAGCGGGGCCGGAUUGGUCUGCUUCACGACCGCGAUUCGUCGCGUCAGCGAGUCAAGGUCAAGCUGCCGUCCGAGCCGUUCAUGGCGACUCUUAAUUUUGACGAAGUGUGCGAGAUUGCGGCGCAAUUGCCCGGCAAUGCUGCUCGCCGAUGACCCUUGCUUAGUGGAUGCGAGUUGAAUAUUUGUACUUUUGGGACAUUACAGAAGAAACGAGGUAGCGGGCGGCAGCUCGCUGUGUUGGUGCUUAUUCAACCAUUGCUGUUGUACUUGAUUCAUGUGUGUAUACUAAAGCAUUGAUGAGUUUG